UAAACUACUUUACUGUAUACUGCAGAAAAGCAAGAAAUUUGUAUUUGUAUUAAUAUUUAUAUUUGUGUUGUGAGUGAAUGUUGCGGCGGCCACAGUGUUUACCAGACGCCGCCACAACACAGUCAUGCCCAAAUACUACUGUGAUUACUGUGACACAUACCUCACACAUGACUCCCCCUCAGUACGGAAGACUCACUGCCAAGGACGAAAACACAAAGAAAAUGUAAAGAUAUAUUACCAAAAGUGGAUGGAGGAGCAGGCUCAGUCUUUGAUUGAUGCAACAACCGCUGCAUUCAAAGCAGGGAAGAUACCUAAGGGAGCAGCAAUUCCACCACCAGCCAACAUGCAGGGGGGCCCAGGAGGUCCAGGUGGGCCAGGAGGUCCUGGGGGUCCAGGGCCUCAGAGCAUGGGUGGGCCAGGAGGUCCUCCAAGAGGUCCAGGUAUGGGGAACAUGGGACCACCAGGCAUGGCUGCUGCAAACAUGCCAGGCAACAUGGGUAUGCCCCCAAUGGGUCCACGAGGACCCAUGAUGGGACCACCAAUGAUGGGCGGCCCUCCAGGUCCAGGCAUGCCACCAGGCAUGAUGCCAGGUAUGCGACCUCCAAUGGGUGGUCCCAUGGGGCCAAUGAUGAUGGGCCCUGGUGGAAUGAGACCUCCUAUGAUGGCUGGACCUCCACAAAUAAGACCAUAGAUAUUUUUAUAAACUUGUGGUGGAGUCUGAAAUUUUAUACAUGAGACUUUUUGAGUUGGGUGACCUCAGAUUUUAGAAGACACUUGUACAAUAUUUGGAUUAUUGAAAUAUAACAGACAGCUUACUGUGCAUUAUUAAUGCAUAUAUGAAUAGGAGAACUCUUGCUUAUAACACUUUUCAAGAGUAAACCCUAUGGAGUUUGCUUUAUUUAUCUUAGUGACAUUGAAUUACCAGUACAAUGGGUUCACACUUAUGAUGUUAAUUCGUCCAAGAAAUUUUUUUUGUAAGUUAAGUGCUUGGAACACUGAACCAAUUUUUCCAUAGACUCCCAUGUUAUAAUUGGAACUGCACUCCUGAGCCAUAAUAUUCUGUAUCCACUUUUGGUUAUUAACCAAGAAUCUUAACCCACUCUUUUUACCUUCAGUGUUCUUCCUUAUUGCUUACAAAUAGCAUAACAUUGUUAAAUUAAUUUAUAUGUUACCUAUACAGAACAGAGCUACAAUACAGUAUACAGUACAUGUGUAAUGGUAGAAGCUGGACUGUCUCCCUCUUUCUCAUUCUCGCUCAUAUAUUUUGACCCACUCUUAUAUCUAACAUGAUACUCUUUACAUAUGCUCACCCCCUUCCUGCUGUCAUUGAGUAUAGUGUGGGAGGACUUGACUGACAUGUAGUGGUGGGCAGCAACUGGACCACUCUCUCAUUUUCUCUUACUCUCUCAUCUCUCAAGCUGCUCACCACUUCCUCAGCCAUUAAAAACAUGAACUGCACACUUUCAUAAAAAGAGCAUAUACAGAUUACCAAUGCAUUUGAUAAUUUUUUUUUAAUUCAGUUUUAAAAUCAUAAAUAUUAAAUUGUAGUUCUUGACCAGUCUGUCAAACAAAUGCCAGCUGUCUAUGUGCAUUAAAUGAACAUACAAAGUAUGAAUGCUUUUGGUAAAAAACAAUGAGAAUUUAUUUGCAAUCAUUUUUUUUAUUUUUUUUUUUAUUAUCACACCGGCCGAUUCCCACCAAGG